UUUGCAUUCCCCGUUUCUGCAGCAAAAGAAAUAAGCCGGCGCUACGAGGAAACGGCAAUGGAAGCGGCCCCAAUACCACGUUAUCUUUCACGUUUGGAUUACAACAAACUGAUGGAGUUCCGAAGGACUGGCAUUUCGGAAUCAGUUCCUCUCCUGGUUGGUGCCCAUUUUUAUUACACCUUAAGCGAUCGUACUAGUUUUGGUUGA